AUGAGGCGCAACUCAGACGACAGGGACUCAGCUCCCAUGGACCUCCAUGUUCCUAUCUCAGAAGAGAAAGACGUCGAGAUCAUCUACACACAUAACAUUGGUGUCGACGAACUGGACUCUGAAAAGGGCUUGCAGACAUCAGCCGCUAUGUCAUCAGAAUCCAUACACACCGACGAUGAGUCCAGCAGCGUGAGCAGCGGUCCCGAAAAAUCGGGCAUGUCCAAAGUUCGCAGCAUUGCCCUCGUCACGACAGUCAGCGGCGCGAGCUUCAUGAACGUGAGUGCAUCGCACCAUAUCCUUCUCCGAUUCGUCUCUGACCUGUAUCCUCAGACACUUUCAGUCCAAGCCGUGGUCAUCAUCCUCCCCACUAUUGGCCGUGACAUCGGAAUCCCAGAAUCACGCCUGCAAUGGAUCGUAUCGGCUUAUUCUCUCACCUUCGGCUGCUUUCUCCUCCUCUGGGGCCGUAUUGCAGACAUUUACGACAAGCGCAUUAUCUUCAUUGCCGGCACCGCUUGGCUCUCCAUCAUGACCCUCGCCAACCCCUUCAUUCCCAACGAGAUCGCCUUCAACCUAUUCCGCGGCCUGCAAGGCCUCGGCGCUGCUGCAAACGUACCAACAGCCAUCGGCAUCUUGGGCACAACAUUCCCUCCCGGCAAGACAAAGACCUAUGCAUUUGUUGCCUACGGAGCAGGCGUGCCUCUUGGAAGCGUCUUUGGCACCCUUCUGUCAGGUUUCAUCGCGCAAUACGCCAGCUGGAAGUGGGUGUUUGGCGUCAUGGCUCUCCUUGCCGGCCUCGUUGCUAUCGCUGGUUGCUUCUUCAUCCCACCAGUAGUACCAACACCUAGCGAGAAGGGUGUAAGCGCCAGGAAGUCCGUUGACUGGAUCGGAGGAGGCCUGAUCACUGUUGGCCUCCUCGCGCUGAUGCUAGCUCUCACGGAGGGCAAUGUGGUCGGCUGGACGACUCCAUGGAUCUCCAUCUUAAUCGUCGUCUCCUUUAUCAUCAUUGCCGUCUUCUGGAUCUGGCAACGCCACCUCGAGUUCAACACCAAACGCCUCCCGCUCAUGAAGACCUCCAUCUUCCACAGCGGAAAAUUUUGCGCUGCCCUCGCCAUUAUGGGUCUUUUCUUUGCCUCCUUCAACAACUUUCUCAUUUUCGCAACGUACUUCUACCAGGACUAUCAAGCCAAGUCCAUCCUCACCACGACACUUUAUUUCCUACCCACCGGCAUUGGUGGCAUCUUAGUUGCUUGGGCCGCUGCUUUCCUGAUCUCCCGCGUGCCCACAUACCUCCUCCUGGUCUGUGGCAAUGUCUCGGUCUCCAUCGCAUGCCUCCUCUUUGCGACACCAAUCCCAACAAGUACGUCUUACUUCGCCUAUGGCCUGCCCGCCAUGGUCCUGUCGGUUAUCGGCGCAGACAUGGCGUGGCCUACUUUGAUAUUGUUUGUAUCCAAGGCCCUGCCCCAGGAGGACCAAGCUCUUGGCGGCGCCCUCGUCAACUCUGUGGGGCAGGUCGGCCGAUCCAUCGGCUUGGCAAUUUCCACGGCCGUUCAGACUGCCAUCAUGGCCAACGCCAGGGGUUUGCCGGUUGAGAACGCCGGCCCAGUGAAGGAGUGGGACCAGCCUUCAUUGGACGGUCUUCGGGCAGCCAACUGGAUGAACUUUGCCCUUGGUCUCACUUCCCUUACUAUUGUUGUGUUAUUCUUUCGCGGCUCAGAGAUUGUGGGGAGAGCCGAGCCGGCGCCGAGUAAAGAGUCGCCUGCCGAUGGAGCGGUCAUAAACAGUAUCGAAAUCGAUAUCGAGAAAAGUUAG